GAGUUUCACUUAGACCUUCACGGAACAGCAGUAGUUAUACUGAAGUUAGAUAACAUACAAGUGGAUUCUAUUUACUAAUUAGGUGACUUUGAGGACACCUGGUUGCACUGGGUUUUAUUAAGAGGUGUCAGAUUAAAGGUGAACACAAAUGCACGCCACACUUUUCAGAUUUCUAUUUGCAAAAAAUAUGAAAACAUAUAUACUUUUCCUUCUUACUCCACAAAUAGGCACUACUUUGUGUUGGUACGUCACAUAAAAUCCAAAUAAAGCACAGUGGAGUUGGGCUUGUAUUGUUGGGCUGACAUGUCAGACAGUUGAAGCGGUAUGAUUACUUUUGCAGGGCACUGCGGUUUUGUGGAGCUGGAAGUGCGUUUCCAAUCCGCGACCAAUCAUUGGCCUGGAUAGUAAAUGAAAGAAGGAAAAAGGAGGGGAGAUAGAGGGGGGACUUUUUCCUUUCUUUUUUUUUUCGAUAGAGGGAGGGGUGUUGUGGAGAAAUGCUCGGCGGACCGUGAAGCGUUACAGCCAGAAGCAGGACAAAGACGAGCGUAGCGGACAGAGUGAAACCUCCGAACUAUUUCUAAGAAACACAACUCUAGAAAGUGUGGAAGGAUGCAAAAAGCCACAGGCUGUGGGUGAAUGGAAAAGGGGAUUGGUGAGAAACAUUUGACCUGAGGACCGCAACUCUGGUUAACUUUGGAUAGCUCUCAGACUGCAGUUCGGAAGAUCCUGCUUUGGAUAGGGCACACUUCCAGAGAUGACUGUUUCUGCGCUCGUUCUCUUUUUUGCAGCCACUCGUGGUUGUUUCUACUGUUACAAAGCCCACCAACAGGAGGCAAAACCAACACGGGUGCGGCUUUGUGGAACAUUGGUAACAAAUGUUGAUUAGGAAUUUUGUGUGAACUUCAGUCGGAUCUUUACUUGCUUUACUUGUUCCGAUCCUAAUGUGCACGUCACAAGCUUCAAACUUCACCCAAGCAUGAGAUGCCAGUGCAGCUCGCUGGUGCUUCUCCUGUGGCUGCUGGUGGCGCUGGACGCGCAGCUAAUGUGCUGGCAGGCGAUCCUGAUGUGCCACGACGAGCCCGAGUGCGAGCUCGCCUACAACCAGUACUUGGCGGCAUGCGAGGGGAACAUCCGAGGGACGAGGAGGCAGUGCCCGAGCCACUGUAUCCAGGCGCUGAUCAGGCUCAACAACACCCGCAGCGGGCCUGAUUUGGAGACCUGCGACUGCGCGCAGGACCAGAACUGCCUAAGCGCAAAGCGAGCCAUAGAGCCGUGCCUGCCUCGCAGACACCCCAGCGACGCCGGGGGCAUCGGCUGCAUGGAGGCCCGCCAGCGGUGCGAGGAGGACAGCAGCUGCCACGCCUCCCUCACAGCCUACCUGUCGUACUGUGGGCAGCUGUUCAACGGAAAGAGGUGCUCCUCCAGGUGUAAGGCCACCAUACACCAGAUGCUGUUAAUCCCGAAUGGCAUGCUUUUGAACCGCUGCGUUUGUGACGGGGUGGAGAGACCUUUCUGUGAGGUGGUCAAGGAAAACAUGAGCAAGCUUUGCUCCAUCGGGGACCACAGUGUUGUUUCUGACCAACCUGAAGUUGAAGAGAACUAUGAAGAUGAGGAAUAUGAUCUAAAAGCUGAGGAGGGUUACAUUGACAGUUCAUCUGCUUGCCAGAGGUUAUCCAGCUUUGGUGUUUCUAUGUUUGUGUUUCUAUGGAUAUUAUUUUGAGAAGAUGGAUAGCCCGCUGGCAUGUUUGGAUUUAUCAAUGAAAGACAUGGGAGACAUUUUUCUUUGGGAGUACAAACUCCAUGUGAUGCUGGGCCUCGCAUACAUAGCACAGAAGCUGCGUGCUCUCUCAGGGGACUUCUCAGAACGAAAGCAUUUAAAAAAUCAAACCUUAUCCAUUUUCUUUUAGGUGAAAGGACAUGACCUGAAGCACACUUUGUUCUGAACGUUUUAAGUACCUUUAAACAGCUCUUGUUUAUUUGGUUGGCUCCUAUUGCUUCUUAAAGUGUGGCUUUAUUAAGUUUUAGGCAAACACGGGAGCCACAGCCUCUGUUUGCUUUCCUCUCCAUUGCAAAGGCCUUAGCAUUGUUGCAGUAGCCACACUUCAAAUAUUUGUGGGAACCCGUCAGAGGACAGGCGAGGGUGUGGGUCCGACUACUUAAAUUAACUGAAGUGCUUCUCUAGCACUCCUGCUUGUCCCCCUCCCCCAUCUAAGAUUGUUUUAUUGAACUCUUCCUGACUUUUCCCCACCCCUCUCUUCCUCCUCUCUGCAGCCUGGACCCCCUAAAACCUUUUAAAUGCCCCUUGUGUUUAUUAUUGCUUUCACACUUUGAGAAAACCGGUCAGCUGCCAGAAUGUGUGAACGUGAAAUCUCUGCAGUUUGUCCACAACAUGGCUCGGGUAAAGAGGUUUACCUACUUUGACACUGCUUUUUUUUUUCCUGCCCUGAAGUUACUGGUGUUAAAAGUCAUGUCCUUAAGGUCAUCAGGCAAAAGUGAACACAACAUGCUUUAAACCAUUGAUUCCUUCAUUCUGUGCUCCACCUGGGUCUGUUUGACACAAAAAUGUUCUUUUAAAAAUUGCUUUUGAAAUCAACAUGUUUGUUAUCCCCAGUUCUUUUUUACAUCUCUCAGUAAACAAAUAUUCAUAAAUGUCUUGAAUAUUUAAAUCUUUAAUAGUCAAUUUUAGCAAUUAGUCUCCCACCUCAUCUAUACAAAUUGGAAAAUUAAAAAUUUGCCGCAAUAUUCAUUGUAAAGAUGCAAAGUAAAUAAAAACAAAUUAAGAUUUUCUUUUUUAAAUAUAUGACUUAACUUCAGUCCUCAUCCUACUUAAUGAACAUUUAUACAUUUUCUGAAAUUGUGGACACUGAAAUGUUAAUUUUAUUAAUUAAUCUUUUUUGCCUCGUUGCAUAUAUAAAAAUUUUAUAUUUUGGGACGGAGGGUUUCUCUAAAACUAGUUUGAAAAAUCAGCAGAAGCACUGAGUGAUUUUUACUUUUUGUUGUUAGUCAACAAAAAGUUGAUUUUCUUAUUCAAACCAAUAUCUUUAGUUUAAAAGGCAAGCUUUGAAAACAAGAUUUAAAAAAAUUAUAAAUUCACCUCAAACUACACAGCCUGACGAAAUUGUUUGCCUUGUGCAUCAACACAGCCAAAGUUAUGCAAACAUAAAUGUAAAAAAAUGAGCAAAGAAGAUGUCCAGGGGACCAGGAGGCUUAAAUAUGUGUUUCUGUGUCAUAUUGAAGGAUAUUUUAAUUGAUCUUUUGUCACCAGUUUCUUUCUAAAUAUCUGGAACAGACAACGCUCAAACUAGCACCACAGAUUACUUGCACAAAUUCAUAGUGAAGUUUAUUGCCUUAAAACAUGUGCCUUGAAUUCUUUUACAGUGCUUGAGUGAAUUAGCCCACAUUUAAACUGAGGUGCUAAUGUUACCCAUUUAAAUGUCUGCACCAAUAGAACAAGUGAUUAAAACCAGCAGUUUGUUUCACUGUCAUCUCCUUUCUGUCCACCAGUAAGGCUGUUAUUUGUGCCACUUGAAAUUCAAUCUUGAACUAUGGCGUGUACUGUUAAAUUAUGAAGCUAGAAUAUGAAGAAUGUAUAUCUAUUUUAAAAUUAAGUUCAGUAAAAUAAGUUUCACCUAAAUCCACUUAGGAUGACUACACAACUCUAGAGCAGAUUCAGUGCAAAAAAGUCAGACGGGAUUCUGUUUUGCAUCUUUUGUUUUUAGAAAAGUAGCAAUAACUUGAAUUCAGAGAACGCUCUUCCAUAUGGAGGUUUUACAAUAAACUGUUUAUGACCUAAA